AUGGUUGCUACUACACUACAACCCGUCAAAGAAAGAAAACCCAUCAAAGACCUCCAGAAAGUCUUCCACUACACCGAUACACAGACACGAAAGCCUACUCGAGACAAUGAUCCUUACGAAUACCAGGCUGGAUGGGGAAACCGUUUCCAAUCCGAGGUGAUCCCCGGUACAUUACCUGCUGGUCAGAAUAAUCCUCAAGAGGUUCGCUUCGGCUUGUAUACGGAGGGUAUCACGUAUUCUGCUUUUACUGCUCCUCGACAUGCGAACUUUAGCACUUAUAUGUAUCGUGUGCGUCCGGCAGCCGCUCACAAUGGUUACAAGACCAACGUCGAGACAAAAGCACAUAUUGAGAAUUGUUUCCUCUCUAUCAACCCCAAAGUCGAGACCCUCGUCGAACAAGCCGAAUGGGCUCCAUUCCCUCUCCCUCCAGAAACCGAGAGAAUCGACUUUGUAGAUGGAGUACACACACUAGGCGGGAGCGGUGAUCCUAACCUCAGAGAAGGUAUUGCGUUGUAUGUGUUUAUGAUCAAUGCUGAUAUGGAUCAUCGUGCGUUCUGUAACCUCGACGGAGAUUUCCUGCUUGUUGCACAACAUGGAAAUCUGGAUAUUCAGACGGAGUUUGGUAAGCUUUUCUUGCAGCCAGGUGAAAUAUGCGUAAUCCAACGGGGUGUCCGAUUCGCUAUUCGCCUGGGACCAGGGCACAAGGAGGCUCGUGGCUACAUCACAGAAAUCUGGGGUUCGAUGUGGGAGUUACCUGACCUUGGACCUUUGGGAGGUCACGGUCUAGCUAACCCCCGUGAUUUCUUGUAUCCGGUUGCGUACAUUGACGAUAACCUGCACGAGAAGUGGACUGUUGUCAACAAAGCGAAUGGAAAGUAUAAUGCCAUUGAGCAAGAUCAUACACCGUUUGACUUGGUAGCAUGGCAUGGAAAUGUCGUUCCAUAUAAGUACGACUUGACAAAAUUCUCAUCCCAAAACGCAACCUCUAUCGACCACACCGACCCAUCAGUCAACUGUGUCUUGACAGCCAAAUCUCGUGAUCCAAACACAUCAUUAGUUGACUUCCUCUGGUUCGGACCUCGGUGGGACGUCGCAUCAAACACUUUCCGGCUACCGUAUUUCCACCGCAACUCGGCUACAGAGUUCCUAGCUAGUCUCUACGGCAAUGGACUGGGACGAUCUGAUGAUUUCCUGCCAGGUGGUGGCAGUGUUGAAGUUAGUCAUACGCCUCAUGGAGGGUUUAGUGAGGGUUAUCAGUACGAGAUGCGUAUUCAGGAGAACGAGCCCCGACGAAUUCUUGAGAAUCAAAUGACUAUCAUGGUCGAAAGUAGUCGCAGCUUCCUCUUCACAGAAUACGCACGAGUCGGAUGCGGCACUUUCCAUAACCAAGGAACAGACCCUAAAGUCUGGGAUGUUCUUCCGGACAAAUUCUCCGCCUACCCCGGUAUCCAUGAUAUUCUAGCCCAGGUCAAGGCCGACAAAGAAGCCAGAAAAGAGCGCCAGGAAAUCUACUACAAUGAUGACAAACUGGCUGAGCUCGUCAAGUUAGCCAAGAGCCAAACUACCAACGCCGGCGCUGGAGUCGAGAAGGAUAGCGUUGUUGAACCGGUAGCUCCCACUAAUGGUAUUGCACCUACCAACGGUAUUGAGAGGGACUCUCAUUGA